CCAGGUUUUGUGACCGCCGCGAGUGGCAACAAGUUGUCCUCAGAGAUGUGUCAAGUUCUGGGACAAUCCUCGUGCAAACUUUGCCGCAGUGUGGCCUUGUCAAAACCCCCAUCCUCGGGCACUGAUGCGGCGCAGGAGGGCCUGGAGGCUUUGGAUCACAGUCUUCAGGGUGAGGCCAAAGCCUGGUUGGUCUGCUGCUUGCGUCCCAAUGAUGUUGGACAAGCGGAUCGUGUGAAUCGCGAAGUGAUGCUGCAGCAAGUGCAAGACCUUCGUUUGGCGGAUGCCGUUCAUCUCUCGGGCGGGCACUCGAUCAUUUGGCCCUUGAAAAGUUUUCGACAUCGAUAUGCCAAUCUGGCGCCCACACUGAAUGACUCCGUGAGUGAUGAAGAUGCCUGUCGCUUGCUGGUGAAGUCCACUGCUGCUGGUGAAGGCACCGUCGGCAAGGACAAGGUCUACGGCGGUGAGAUCUUUGAGCAGCUUAUGGAACAUAAGUUGGAGGAGUUGCAGGUGGGUGCACAACACUUGGAAGGCACCAAAUCCGAGAUGCGACAGUUGAUGGAAGAGAAGUUGGAAGCAGAUCAACAAAUGCGAGCCAGGCAGCAGGAGGAGCAGCUGGAGAAUCAACGUUUGGCACAAGAGAAAGCACAGAAGGAGAUAGACAGCAUCCGCGGUCAACAUGAAGAUGUCGCAAAGCAGCAGCAAGAGCUGUUGCAGAAGCUGCAGGAACAACAGAUGGAACUGCAGAAACAGCAGCAGAUGGAGGCCUUGCGUCAGCAACAGAUGUUGGAACUGGAGCGCUUGAGGAAGCAACACGAAGAUGCCUCUGCUGCUGCGGCGGCCCAGGCAGUUCCUGAGCCGGGACCUGCUUCGCCAGCGCCGCCAGAGGAGCCGUUGGAGACGUUGGAAACUGAGGAGCCAGCGGCUCCAGCGGAAGCCAGGGCAGAGCUAGUGAUUGAGCCCAUUCGACUGAGCAUACCUAGCACCUGGAGAUUUCGCGCCGCGGGCGAGGUUCCACCCCCUCGGCGGUCGCCAGGGGCAAAGUUACCCAGCUGCGCACGCGGCGCUGACACAAAUGGCUGCACUGUUGAGAGUCGCCAAAGAGCGCGAGCAGUGCAUGGUGGAAUACGAGACGUUUCAACAAGAGACCUUGCAGGACCUGAAAGCCGAGCAUGAAGGCUGGCGCAAGGAAGCGCAAUUGCUGCAUUUGCAGGCCAGUGACCUUCAGCGCUCGAUCCAGAAACAACGGGCGAUGCUGUGAUAGUGUCGCCGAGUGCCAGGCUGAGAGAGUAUGUUUGGAUGUGCUGAGAGAGUACAUCCACAUUCUGUCACCACUUUUGUG